AUGGCGGUCGCAGGAGGAGCGAGCAGCGGGAGCUCGCCUGCUGCUCUCCUGCGCGAUGAGCUUCGUGUAACGUGGGGUGUUCGAGGAGGGCAUUCUCGAGCGGGUGAUUGCCUGGGCGGCCCUCUCUUAUCACCUUUCCCAACACCAUUCCCCCCCACCCUCCACCCACCUUCUCCCCUCAAACAAAGCCCACUGGGUUUACGCCACACAGUAACGUGGGGUAUUCUCGAACGAGUGAUUGCCUGGGCGGCCCUCUCCACUCACCCCUCUCCGCCCUCCUUUCACACCACACAGUACCGUGGGGUGUUCGAGGAGGGCAUUCUCGAACGAGUGAUUGCCUGGGCCGCCCUCUUUAAUCACCUUACCCAACUCCCUUCCCCCCCACCCUCCACCCACCUUCUCCCCUCAAACAAAACCCACUGGGAUUACGCCACACAGUACCGUGGGGUGUUCGAGGAGGGUAUUCUCGAACGAGUCAUUGCCUGGGCCGCCCUCUCCACUCGCUCCUCCCCACCCCCUGCCCUUGCCACCGCCACAACCGCCGCCGCUGCCGCUUCUGCUGGCGCUGCUGGUGGCGCCGGGGGCACGCAGGAGGAGGAGGAGGAGGAAGAGGAGGAGGAGGAUGCAGGGGAGGAGGGUCAGGGGGGAGAUCGGGGCGGAGCGGGAGGAACCGGGGCUGGCGGCGCUGCUGCUGCUGGUGCUGCUGCGGGUGGGGGUGGGGGUGUUGGCGUGAGUGGUGGUGCUGGUGGUGGUGGUGUGGGUGCGAGGGCGAGAGCAUCGGCUGUUCUGGCGACGGACAUGCUGAGGACGUUCUCUACUGGACUCGUUGCUGUUGCACUCAGCUCCAACGAGGCGGCGGUGGAGCAGGUAGUGCGCACAGGCCUCGUGCCGCACCUCGCCCGCCUGCUGCGCAAGCGAGUGCUGGGGCGCGCUGCUGCUCCCUCUGCAGGGGGAGCGCGAGGCGAGGGCGGAGCAGCAGGGGGAGCAGGCGCAGGGGGAACAGGAGGAGCAGCAGGAGCAGGAACAGCAGUAGGAGGAGGGGGAGGAGGAACGGGGACGGGGGUUGUGGGAACGCCAGGGAGCAGAGGGAGCAAACUGCGUAGUGUGAGUAGCAGGGGGGAAAGUAGCGCGGCUGCCACCACCGCUGCUGCUGCUGCGGCCGCAGCUCAAAUUGCUGGAUUAGCAGCGGAGGCGAGAGCAGCAGCAUUAGGGGUCGCGGAGGCGAGAGCAGCAGAGGAGAAGGGGAAGACGGAGGCUGUAGGUGAGGGGGUGGGGAGUGGAUGUGGAAACACUGCAGCACAGGGGGAUGUUGUGAUGACUGCCCCUGCGAAAGCCGCAUCCAACCCCCUUUCCCCGUUGGGGAAGCUGAAAGACUUAGGAGGGGGAGGGAUGGCAGCGGAAGGGGGGAGAGAGGAGCUGGGAAGCAGAAUUCGAGGGGGAGGAGGGGGUAGGAAAGCUGGAUUGAAAGGGAGCAAAGCAGAGCAGGGCGCAGGGAAGGGCAAGCAUGCCUCCGCCACUGGAACUGCUGGGUCCGAGGUUGAGGGGUCAGGGUUUGGGGGUUCGGGGGCUGGGGGUUCUGGGGGUUCAGGGGUUCCGGGGGGUUCUGGGGUUAAGGGUUCUGCCCUUGAGAAUUUACUCCCUCCUCCGAUAGCUGUUAAGGUCGGGGCCGUGGAUAUAACUGAAGCGGUUGCAGCGGCGUGGGAUGCGGCGAGAAGGGAAGCGGAGGCGGCGAAUGCUCCUGCUGAUGUGGUGGCUGCAGCAGUGGAGGCAGCAGCAGAAUCGGUCAGGCAGGCUGCUGCUGAUGCGUUGGACGGGGGAGGAGGAGACGAAGCUGUUGCUGCUGCUGCUAGGAGCGCUGCUGAUGCUCUGACCCGGCCGCAGGUGGCGCAGCUGAGGGAGUGGUACGCGGUGCAGACACUGGCCGCACUGGGCGAGUACAUGGAGGUGCUGGGUCCCGUGCUGCAUGAGAAAGGGGUUGACGUCUGCCUUGCCCUGCUGAGGCGUGCCAGUACAGGUGGCGGUGCUUCUGCUGCCGCUGCUCCUGGCGCAGGGGAUUCCACAGCAGGUGCAGCAGCAGCAGCAGGCGCAGCAGGAGCAGCCACAGCAGCAGCAGGAACAGCAGCAGCAGGAGUAGCAGCAUCCAGUGGGCCGAUGAGUGUGCUGCUGCUAGCAGACGUGUUGAAGCUGGUGUGUGCGCUCACAGCACACCGCAAGUUCGCCACGCUCUUUGUGGACCGAGGGGGCGUGCAGCUGCUGCUCUCCCUCCCCCGCGUGCCCCACACCCUCCCCGGCCUCGCUGUCGCCUUCUUUGCCCUGGCCUCGAUUCAGAGCAUCAUGGAGCAUGUGGCCUCCCUCACCCAGUUCGUCAUCCGCUCGCUCAUCUCCACCCAUCCUGCCCUCCCCGACCUCAUCCAUCUCCCUCGUCCCCUCUUCCUCUCCCCCUCUUCCCCCCCAGAGUGUCAUGGAGCGUGUAGCCUCCCUCCCCCAGCCAGUCAUCCGAUCCCUCAUCUCAGCAUCGCUCCACCUGCCCCCCUUCCCUUGUUCCUCUCUCCCCCCUCUCUCUCUUCAACCUUCUCCACAGAGUGUCAUGGAGCGUGUAGCCUCCCUCCCACAGCCAGUCAUCCGCUCCCUCAUCUCAGCAUCGCUCCACCUGCUGCUGUGCCCCUUCUCCCCCUCGCGCCCUCUCCCCCCUCUCUUCCACUUACCCUCCCUCCCCCCAGAGUGUCAUGGAGCGAGUGGCGUCCCUCCCACAGCCAGUCAUCCCCUCCCUCAUCUCAGCAUCGCUCCACCUGCUGCUCUUCCCCUUCUCCUCCUCGCUCCCUUGCCCUCCCCGCCUCACAACAGAGUGUCAUGGAGCGAGUGGCGUCCCUCCCCCAGCCAGUCAUCCGCUCUCUCAUCUCAGCAUCGCUCCACCUGCUGCUCUGCCCACUGGACCACGCGCGGCGCAACACGGCGCUCUUCUUUGCCGCCUCCCUCGCCUUCCCGCGCCUGCUCCACGAAUUUGACGCCCAGGGGGGCCUCCCCGCCCUCAUCGCUCUGCUGAGGAAUGCUGCUCAGUUAAGGUCCGGGGGCGGUGGGGGAGGGGCGCUGGGGGCGGGGGGAGGGGCAGGGGGAGUGGGGGGGGGAAGAGGGGGAGGAGUGGGAGGGGGAGCAGUGGCGGAGGGGGCAGUUGGAGCAGGGGAGAUUGGAUUGGGCAGAGGGGUUAGGGGAGGGGGAGGGGGAGGGCCAGGGGGAGGGGUAGGAGGGUCAGAAGAGGGUGGUAAUUUCGUUGGAGGGGGCUUGGGCUUGCCGUUUCCUCUGGGAGGGGGGGUGCAUUUUGCUGCUGGGACUGCUGCUGGGGGAGGCACAGAUCCAGGUUCAGAUUCUGUAGGCGGAUCAGCAGGAGGAGCAGGGGGAGGAGGAGGAGGAGCAGGAGCAGCUGCAACAACACUACUGGGUCUGGGCGGUAGCAGCAGCGGCACUGGCAACGGCACCGGCAGCGGUACUGGCAGCGGCACGAUGACAUGGGAGGUGUUGACGCCAGCAGGGAGGCAGGUGGCUCACAACACGUGCAUUGCCCUGCGCCAGUACAUGCGAGUGCACCUCGUGCUGCACCUAGAAUCCCUGCAUCACCCUUCUUCCGGUGCCUCCUCCUCUGUUGCUCCCUCUGUUGCCCCCUCUGUUGCCCCCUCUGUUGCUCCCUCUGUUGCUCCCUCUGUUGCCCCCUCUGUUGCCCCCUCUGUUGCCCCCUCUGUUGCCCCCUCUGUUGCCCCCUCUGGUGCCCCCUCUGUUACCCCCUCCUCCUCGCUCUCCUCCCGCCACCGCACCCAAGCGCCUCAGAAGCCGUCGCACCACGCACGGAGCCUCACCAGAGCCGUAGAUUCAAGUGCACAGGCGGUGGAGGGGUUGAUGGAGGCACUGAUGGUGUCGGACCGGCGCCUGGCGCAUGCGUUUGUGCGCUCGCGGUGGGGCGCCGCUGAGAGGCUCGUGGAGGAGGGGGCAGUCGAUGUGCUGCUGGAGCUCUGCCAGAUUCCUCCGGGUGAGCGCAGCACAGGGGAGCUAGCAGAGCAUGCACUAGGCGUCCUGCACGUGCUCACCCUCGCGCCCUUCACGCACCGCCACGUCCUUGCUGCCCGGGUGGCCUCCCACCGCUGCGGCAUGCCCGUGCUGCUCGACGCUGCCAGCGGGGCUCUGCUGGCGGAUCCCGAGGUCAUGCAGAUCGCGCUGCUGGUGGUCGUGAAUCUCGUCUGCCCAUUCCCCACGUAUUGCUCCGUGCUCACCACGAGUGCAGGCAAGGCGACGACAGCAGCAGCCACGGAAGCAACGGCGCCCACACUCAAGAGGUUGGAGCGAGCUGCCAUUGCUGCCGCCACUCCCAUCAGCUACCCGCCCAGUUCGGGAUUGGCUGCUGAGGCAGCAGGGGGGCUUAGCUGGCCCAAGGGUAAGGCAGGAUGGUUCUUCUCUGCUGGAAGGAAGGGUGAGGGGAGAGGGGAAAAGGGGGAAAGAGGGGGGAGGGGAGGGAGAGGAGGAGGAGGGGGAAGGGGGGAUAAGAUCGCGGAGGGAGGGGAGAAGCGAGUGGGGAGGGGAGAGAGGAGUGGUAUUCGGCAGAGAGCGGUGGGAAUGGAUGCAAGUGGGGCGAGUGGGAGUGGGGUUGCAGGAGAGGAGGAGGGGCAGAUAAGGAGGCGGAUCUUACUGGGGAGCUCCCUGGCGGAGAGGGCUAGAGGGAAAGGGGAAGGCAAGGGGGAAGAGACCGAGCAGGAGGAGCAGAGAGGGGCGAAAGAUGCAACGUCGAGCAAAGAAGGAGUGAGGGGUGGAGGCUUGACCAGUGGAGGCAGCAGCAGCAGUGGGGAGAGGGAGAGCACACCUGGAAAGGAGCAGGUGGCACGGCGUAGGAGCCUGUUCCAUGUUCAGGUGGGGGUUCAGGUGGAACCUCAGCCCCUCCGCUCCCUAGACGCUCCCUACAGCAUCACCCGCCGCCUCGCCGCCCGGCAGCGCCGUCCGCCUGCGGGCGGGUGGCAGGGGCGGCGGCUGGAUCGGCAGCUAGUGUACAGCCGGUUCCGCCCCUGGCGAACCUGCCGAGAAGAUGCGGUUAUGAUCACCAGCGCGUGUUUCUUGCUGGGGGCGGGAGGGGCGGGUGGGGGCGGCGGUGUGUGGGGGUUCGGGGCGGGGGGUACCGGGAGUGUUGGGGGGUUCGGUGGGGGGAGGCGAUGCUUGGCAGUGGGCACGACUGCGGGGGAAAUAAAGCUAUUUGAUGCGGAGGUGGGGGUGGUUGUGGAUAGCUACUCGUGCCACCAGUCUUCCAUCGUUUCGGUGUUUUCGGCACCGAGACCGGGGUAUGAUGAUGAUGACAGGGGGUUUGUUGGACGGGGGCGGGGGAGACAGCAGGAGGAGGAAAUGCAAGACGGUGCAUCAGCAGCAGGAGGAGGGGUAAGAGCAGGCGGAGCAGCAGCAGGAGGAGCAGCAGGAGGAGCAGGAGCGGGAUCAUCAGCAGCGUCAGCAGCAUACGGAGCAGCGUCCUGCCUCCUCCUCUCCUCUACCCGAACAGAAGUGAAGCUCUGGGAUGCAGCAGACCUCUCUCUCGGGCCCAUCCACACCUUCCCCUCCUGCCGCCUCGGCCGCUUCAGCCACUCAGCUCGCACCAUCGGUGCAGUGCGGUGCGACGGGCAGUCAAGGGAGUCGAGAGAGGUGCUGCUGUAUGACGUGGCGACAGGCAGGCUGCAGGAGACGCUCAGAGAAGCGCCCAUUGCUGCUGCUGCUGACUCGUAUGCUUCUGGCGCUGCUGGUGCUGCUGGUGGCGCUGCUGGUGUGGUUGGUUGGGGUGGUGCAGGCGGUGGGGUUGCUGGUGGGGGUUUGGGAGGCGGGCGCGGUGGGAAUGGCGGCUUUGGUGGUCUAUUUGGUGGUUACGGCGGUUACGGUGGGUUCGGAGGGUUUGGAAUCGGCCUUGCCGGUGCUGCCGGUGCCACUGCUGCUGCCACCACUGCUGGUAUUGGCGGUGCUGGCGUUACAAUGAUGGGUGGAGGAGGAGGAGGGGGAGCGGGAGUGAGUCGCACGUUAGGGUCCCAGGCGGUGCAUUUCUCCCCACUUGACGAUCUGCUGCUGUGGAAGGGGUUCCUGUGGGACCCGCGCAUCUCUGAGCCCGUGCAUCGGUUCGACCAGUUCUCGGACUACGGAGGAGGGGGCUUCCACCCUUCAGGCAACGAGGUGAGUGGAUUAUUUGAUUUCUUGUACUCUGGUGGGUCCAUCGAAGCUUGGUUGAAGGCACAGCACCUGCUGCUGUGGAAGGGGUUCCUGUGGGACCCGCGCAUCAGUGAGCCCGUGCAUCGCUUCGACCAGUUCUCGGACUACGGAGGAGGGGGCUUCCACCCUUCAGGCAACGAG